UUGGCAAUGCCCAACUCUGCCAUCUCCCCCCUGCUUAACUCUUAACAAUAUUGCUAGUCAACAAAGUAGAGCUUCUCCUCGAUCGUUCAUGGCGUGCAUCAAAUUAAAUCUCAACGUAGACGUCAAUAAGGGCCUAAGCGGGCUCAAGGCGACGCUGCGACUGGGUAGGCCGAAAUCUGGCACCGAGAAAUUGGAAAAGGAAAUGACAAGAUUGAGAUGCAAAAGAGACGACAUCAAAAACCAGAUCAAUGAGGCGGAGCGUGAAGGGAAAAUUCCGACCAACGAAGUGAGCCAGUGGCUACGAGAGGUGGAGAUAUUGGAAGGCAAAGUGGCUGACAUCGACCAGGAUUUCCAAAGCAUGAUCCACUGCUGUGUUUCGUUAGGUUGCUUCAGUUGCAAUUGUUUCAAUCGAACUGGCGGCUCGUCGAGUAACCCAACAGAAGCUUUUGCUGCAAAUAUUCAAGAGGUCGAAGAAAACGCUGCCACUGAUCAAACACAGCAAGCAGGAGAUGAUGUCCCCAUCAGAGAGUCAUCAAACUGCUGCUCCAUCAUCCGGAGAGCGGCGAAGAAACUCGACGAGGCUAAUGAAUUGAUGAGCCGAGCUGGUGCCCUGGAUCCGAUUGCCACAGUUGGGCCUCCAGAACCGACCCUGAUGCUUCCCAUCUCACACCGAUCGCCUGUUGGGAUCGAGUCGUAUGUGGAGGACAUUGUGGGCUACGUCGAUGGUGGAGAAGGCAACAUCAUAGGCAUCUACGGAAUGGGCGGUAUCGGUAAGACCACCAUGUUGAAGAGGAUCCAACAACACUAUCUUCUUAAGCAUACCAUAUUUGAUCGCGUCAUUUGGGUUGUGGCCUCCAAAGACUGCCAAUUGAAAAGGCUCCAGAUGAAUAUUGCUAAGAGUCUAGGCCUACAGACACUGCAAGAGAAUGACGAUGAACAAACCUGUGGUGAUAAGCUGUUUAGUUUCUUGAAGAACAGGAACUGCUUGUUGCUUCUCGAUGACAUUUGGGAACACGUGGAUCUUCAACUAUUGGGAAUGGCACACUCAGCUAUUGAGCAAGGCCAGCAGCAGCAGCCGCGUAAAGUUGUGGUGUUCACGACCCGCAGUGAGAUAGUGUGUGCACAAAUGAAAGCAGAAAAGAAAACCAAAGUCAAAUGUCUCGAUUCGGAUCAAGCAUGGAAACUCUUUGAGCAAAACAGCGAUGGGGAUGUUCUCAGCUCAGAUGCUGGAAUUAAGUUCGUUGCUGAAGAACUUACUAAAGAAUGUGCAGGCCUUCCGCUCGCUCUUGUCACCGUUGCUCGUGCCAUGUCAGGGAAAAGGUCUUGGGAAGCUUGGAACGAUGCUCUCCAUCAAAUAAGAGAUAAACAUGAGUGGACAACCAUUGCACUUCCGGAAGAUUCACUCGUCAUGUAUAAAGCCUUCAAGCUGAGCUACGACAGUUUAGAGAAUGACUCCGUAAGAGAAUGCCUCUUGUGUUGCGCUUUAUGGCCUGAAGAUUAUGAGAUAUUCAAAUUCUCUAAGUUGAUACCGUGUUGGAUAGGUUGCGGCAUAAUCCAUGAAUUUAAUGUGAUCAAUGAAGCUUUCGCCAAAGGCUACUCCCAUCUGGAAGCUCUCGGGGCUGCAUCCUUGCUAGAGAAAUGUGAUUCGGACUAUGUCGUAAAGAUGCACGAUGUCAUCCGAGACAUGGCACUGUUGAUGGUUUCUGGGUUGAAGGGGAACAAAAGAAAAUGGAUUGUAAAAGCAGGAAUCGGGUUGAGUGAUUUGCCUAGACAAGAAGAAUGGCAAGAAGCAGAGCGAGCAUCCUUCAUGAUAAAUGAGAUUACUUGUUUACAGGAGUAUGGAGCUUCCACUUUUCCAAAACUUUCUAUGUUGAUUCUCCAUGGGAACCAAAACCUGAAAACAAUUCCUCCGAGUUUAUUCGCAAGCUUGCCCCGUUUAACAUACUUGGAUCUCAGUGAUUGUUGUAUAACAGAGCUUCCCAAGGAGAUUUGUAGCUUAACUGAGCUUCAAUAUUUAAACUUGUCAGAUAAUCAUAUUAUAAGAUUGCCGAUUGAAUUUGGUUGCCUUAGCAAAUUAGAGUACUUGUUUCUAAGGUAUACUGGUCUUGAGACAGUACCCAAUGGGACGAUAGCCAAUUUAUUAAUGCUCCAGUGGCUGGAUAUAAGAGGCAUUCCUCUUGCGUCUGAUUGGUGGUGGGAUGAGUUAAAAUGUUACAAAGGACGCCACCAAUUAAGUGUGGGAAUUCACAUUAAUGCUACAACAGAUAACAUUGAGCGACUCAACAUGCUACCAUUAAAUGUCUCCAUAUGGGAACUCAUUUUGGAUGGAGAGCAUAUUUCAAAACUUCCAAGCUACGAUCUGGGCACUCCACAGUGGGGCUGUAGGGUAAGUGACAAGCUUGAGUUUUUGUACGUUACAAGAGUCAGAUUAGACAGAUUAGUGUUGGCUGCAGGCGUGGGUCGCGAAUCAAGUUUAGGAUGUUUAAAGAGGCUCGAUUUUCAUUUCCUAACCCUAUUGGAAGUGAUUUCAUUGAAUAGAGUUCGGCUCAACAACCUUCGUGAACUAAUUAUUUUUGGAUGUCUUAUGUUGAAGGAUGUUUCUUGGGUUCUCCAACUGCCAUGCCUUAAUUUUCUACAGAUAAGAUAUUGUCGAGAAAUGAAGGAACUAAUAAGUGAGUCAGGGAACUCUAACUCCAUCACUAUCUCUAGCAUCCAGACCUUGGUUUUGGACAACAUGUCAAACCUCAAUCGCAUUGCAAACCGACCGCUCCAUUUUCCCUACUUGGAAUACAUAGACGUGAAAGAUUGCCCAGAGCUCAAAAAAUUAUCAUUUGGGGUUGAAAUGUUGAAGAACAGAAUAAAAAGGAUUCGCGGGGAAGAUGAUUGGUGGAACAACUUGGAUUGGGAUGACGUGAGUAUCAAGGAUUCCCUGACUCCUUGUUUUAGGCCACCAAUUUCGGAAUGAAGCAUGGACCUUUUGGCCAAGGAGGCUAUAAGGCGUUCACUAUUUGAAUCGUCGACAACGGUCACAUUGUUGGAUUCUUUGGUUGGUUGGACGUUAUUUAAAUUUGAUUGAUGAUUCCUAGCUUGUUAAUUUGACAUCGCUUUAAUGUUUUAAAAUUUGAUCAUUGAUAUUGUCUUCUUAA